AAGAAGUUAGAACAAAUGAUGGAAGAAGAAGGCUUAAAAGAUGAAGAGAAAAGAAUCAGGAGAUCAGCUCAUGCCCAGAAGGAAACGGAGUUUCUUCGCCUAAAGAGAACGAGGCUUGGUUUGGAAGACUUUGAGUCUUUAAAAGUCAUCGGCAGAGGAGCAUUCGGAGAGGUGCGACUCGUGCAGAAGAAAGACACGGGCCAUGUUUAUGCCAUGAAAAUACUCCGUAAAGCUGAUAUGCUUGAGAAGGAGCAGGUUGGCCACAUCCGUGCGGAGCGGGACAUUCUGGUGGAGGCAGACAGUUUGUGGGUGGUGAAAAUGUUCUAUAGUUUUCAGGACAAGCUGAACCUCUACCUUAUCAUGGAGUUCCUGCCCGGAGGUGAUAUGAUGACGCUGUUGAUGAAAAAAGACACUCUGACGGAAGAAGAGACGCAGUUCUACAUCGCUGAGACCGUGCUGGCCAUCGACUCCAUCCAUCAGCUGGGUUUUAUCCAUCGGGACAUAAAACCAGACAACCUUCUUCUGGACAGCAAGGGCCAUGUUAAACUCUCUGAUUUCGGGCUGUGCACCGGACUAAAGAAAGCUCACAGAACAGAAUUUUAUAGGAACUUGAACCACAGUCUUCCCAGUGACUUCACUUUCCAGAACAUGAAUUCCAAAAGGAAAGCAGAGACAUGGAAGAGAAAUAGACGGCAGUUGGCUUUUUCCACCGUGGGCACUCCAGAUUACAUCGCCCCCGAGGUUUUCAUGCAGACUGGCUACAACAAGCUCUGUGACUGGUGGUCCCUUGGGGUCAUCAUGUACGAGAUGCUGAUCGGUUAUCCCCCGUUCUGUUCUGAAACUCCUCAAGAAACGUAUAAGAAAGUUAUGAAUUGGAAAGAGACUCUCACAUUUCCUCCAGAAGUUCCAAUAUCUGAUAAAGCGAAGGAUCUUAUUUUAAGAUUUUGCUGUGAAUGGGAGCACAGAAUUGGUGCGUCUGGUGUGGAGGAAAUAAAGAGUAACCCAUUCUUUGAAGGGGUAGAUUGGGAGCACAUCAGAGAGAGACCUGCUGCGAUUUCAAUAGAAAUUAAAAGCAUUGAUGAUACCUCAAACUUUGAUGAAUUUCCCGAGUCUGAUAUCCUUAAACCAACAGUGGCAACGAGCAACCAUCCAGAGACUGACUACAAGAACAAGGACUGGGUUUUUAUCAAUUACACCUACAAGCGUUUCGAAGGCCUGACAGCCCGAGGAGCCAUCCCAUCCUACAUGAAAGCGGGAAAGUGAUAAAUCUUUCCCUGGGACUUCUUCUGAGCCAGGAAAUUCUGUCCCUGGACUGAUUUAUACCCAUAAAAGAACAUUUUUUUUUUUCUUUUUUAAAGAAAACUUGAGGGCUAUCAACUCUUGGAGAAGAACUUCAGGACCCUGGUUGUAACUAAAGGAUUUUUUCUUUCUGCGCCAUCGAAAAAAUUCCACAAAAAUGUUUGCCUCGUCCCUCCUGCCAGCACCUUUUUGCUGCUGCUUCAGGAGCAAGAGUUUUUUGUUUUUCUUUUUAAAUUCUUUGCCAGCUUGUACAGUCCAUCGGGAGACGAGAGCAAUGUUAAGUGACAAACUCAACCUGCCAAUUCUGCCAGCGCCGUUCUCCCAGUGGCUGAGGAUUUCAGUCCAGAGGAAACGAAGCAAUAAUUAAAGCUUGAUGAGAUGAUAGACAGCUCUCCAGUAAACCAUGUAGUAGAAAGACACGACGUGUAUUGCCUUAACCUUAGGUUGUAGUGCUGGUUUUUUUAUAAUGCUAUUUGGAAGCCUCUUUAAUAGUGUUUCUCAACUCUGUCGCCGUGGCCUCCAGUCGCCGUGCACUUUACUUUUGGUACUAAGACAGUGACCCUCAAGCCAUUUAAUAUAUAUAUUUUUUUUUUCUGAAUUAAAAAAAAAUUGUGCAACACCACUUUCUUUUCCUUUCCUAGCCAGCCAUAGGAGAAACGGGGCCACUUCCUCCCCCAAACGCCAAGUUUUUAGUUAGAGUGUGAAAAGAUGAAAUAUAAAAGAAGGCAGGUAAGAAAAAGUCCAGGUGGUAACACCAGUGAAUCUGGAAUUAGGGCAGAGAAGGGGGGAAAUUAAUUAACCUGAUCCUCGUUAGGGUCAGCCCUGGGGCUUCCCGGUCCUGCUGCUGCUGCCACCUUUUGGCCACUUUUUGAAGAUCUGCUGCGUUUCCAGUUUGAAGAUGAAACCAGCUCCUGAGGCCUUUUUGCUCCUGGUUUUGAGGAGAUCUGCAUCAGAUUCUCCUGAGGGUUGAUGCUGGAGCCCUCCCUGGCUUUUCCUUCCAGAGCUGAGCCAUGUGUCCCCGUGGUCUUCCUAAAAGACGGUGCCUCAGGAGGUCACUUUUGGGGUGGUAGAACCCACCGCAGGCCACUCUGUGAUUAUUGCUUGGUGUAAUUAAUAGAAGUCCAUUCAAUGAUGAUCCAGGAGAGCCCCAAAGUGCCUUUCCCUGCCCGGGCAUCUCUCAGAAUGUGACUGUGUUUUUUGGGAAGGAGGAUUCUGCCUCAUUUGAGCUUUUGGUAAUUCUUUUUUAUAUAAUCAUGAGCUCUACUUUGCACCCGUUUUGUAGUGACCUCUGCGCUGCCAGGGGCAGGUGGCAUCAACCUUUGGGCCUGCCAGGUUCCACUCUUUAAUUUGUAAUUAAUUUUUUAAAAAAAUAUAAAUUUAAUGAGGUUUCUAAAAGCAUGUAUCAAUUGGAAUUGUCUUGGAUUCUUGCAAACUUUUAUUGGUGCUGAACACUAAUGACUUACCACAGACAGGAAAAAAGAACAAAAGCUCUUUAGAAACAAAACUCGAGCCGUGUUUCAAAGCAAAAGGAAGGCUUUUAGGCUUUCAGAUAUAUUUAGUCCUAACUUUCUAGAAUAGGAAAUGAAAGAAAAAGAGUUUGUAGUGAAACUUUUUUUUUUUUAAUAGGUGCUUUUUUGUAGGGAAUUUUUACCUUUUGAACUGAGUGCCAUCACGGGGGACUGAGAGUAAUAUAUAGAGCUAAAGCUGGGUGAGAACUCGUUACCAUCCCUCUCCCUCACCAGCCCUGGGGCUUUUUGGACGUGUUUAGGAAUUUAGUGAAUUGCCAGAAGCAGUUUAGAUACCAGUUGGAUCCCAUAAAGCCAAAAUGCAAAAAUAGCCUUAAUUAGAAGUACCAGGAUCACUGUAGUCAGUAGGGCUUACUCAGAUAAGGGCUAACUGAAGGAAUCAUUUAUAGGAUCAGGCUUUUUAUCAACUAGUCAGGAAUAACACCUUCUGCUCCCUUUUUUGUUUUUACAAAGGACUGAUAACCAACUUCUCAAAUUGCUCCAUCUCCUCCUCCUGCAGUUUUUCUUCUAACCAUUUGAAAAUGUUGCCUUAUAAACCACGGGGAAACAAAGAGGUAUUAACUUCAAAACCUUUUUAAAAAUUCCUAACAGCUUAGAUACUGCCUUAAAAACUAAAAACAAUAAUAAAAAAUCCUGCAAAGCUGCGGUGGAUUAGGAAUAAAUGCUUUUGAGUAGCUGCAUUAUUAUCCCUUUACUAAAAGGGACUGGCAUUUUUAUUUAUAAAUACCAAAGAUGAAAAAGCUACACAAAUAGACGUUGUGAUAACUUGCUGUGAAAAAACCCUACGGAGUAAUAUGUAUUGUGAGUUUUUAGUGCAUGUGUCUUAAAGUCUUCUGAGACCUCAGAUUGUUCACUUUUGGAGUUAAAAGUGAAGUUUUUUCAGAGGCACAAGGAGCAGUUGGGUACCUCACUCCUCUUGUUUUUCAGUAGAAGUUGGAUGUCUUUGAGCGUAG